AUGCUUGGCGGGCUGAGCAUGUGUACAACAUCCUGGGUGGUGGCGCUGGUCCCCAUGCUGGCCCAGCUACGAAUUCAGGAAAUCCACCUCCUCCUCAAAUACUUCCGCAAUAUCCGCAACAAUUCCGGUCCGUACCGCAUGAUCCGCAACAAUCCAGUCAACCUCGUGGCGCUGGUCAGAGCCAUCCAGCUCAACAUCUCCAACGUGGUCCCAGAGAGGGUCCCACAUUCCCCUUGGUGGCUACAACAGGAGAUCCUGGUAUCGAUUACGCACCAUACUUUACCGCCACCGCCGACGCUUUCUGGGAUUACCCAAAUCGACGGUGCUGAGGAAGCCUUUCGCGGUGCUGGUCAUCGUCCCGGUGCUGGUCCUGGGCUCGGUUCUGGCCAGAGCCAGCCAGCCCAAGGUUUCCAGAGUGUUUUCCAAGGUGUUCCCAGAGACCAUGGUCGUUUCGAACCCCAGGGGGUUAUAACAGGAAACGCUUCCAUUGUCGCCGCAGACUAUGAACAGGAGUCCGGUGUAUUGACCCUGGGACCCGUUCAGGGAGCUUUUCCGGGUACUCAGGCAGCUCAGUGGCCUGCAAUGACAAGGCCCCACGUGCAGCAGCAGCAAUUCGUGCAGCAAAAUUCUCAACAGUCUUCGACACAGCUGCAGCCCCGUCACCCGCACAACCGAGGAGUUUUUCAUUUGACCACACCUGAAUCCCUCGCCUGGAACAACGAUCAGCAGCUUCAGACUGAGAAUCAGCUCCAGUCCGAGAACCAGCUCCAGUCCGAGGAUCAGCUCCAGUCCGAGAAUCAGCUCCAGAACGAGAAAAAACGGCUUCUCAAUCAGUAUAAGGACAAAAAGAUCACGCUUGGUGAACUCCGAAAGCUUUCCUGGCAGCUGUCUUCCCACCAUUCCGUUCAGAACAAUCAACGCCCCGCUCCCAACGAAAGCUACGAGAAUAGAGCAGCCGAUCACGACACCGCCCCUGACGCACCAGUCAAUCACGAUACCGCCCAAGACGAAGCAGUCGACGUAGACCAGAUACUCCAAGAACUCAGAGCAGAAGGCUUGGACGACGCCAUUAUGGAGAACGCAGGCAACGACAACGUCCACAUCAAAACCGAGUACGACGAGGACGUUGACAUGGAGGCCGGUGGCAACGCAAUGGGACCUGCGCCCCUACAAGACAUCCGUGACGUCCCUGUCUACGAUAACGCCAACCAACUUCGUGUCGAGAACUACGUGAACGACAUGCCCAACAAUCCGACCAAUUUGCUGGCCGCUGAGCAGCAUUACCUUCAGCUUAUCGUCGCGCAAGAGCUUGCGAACCGAGGUGUUACGGACUUUUUUCUCAUCCGCAACACAUUCGUCAUGCAGAUCCUACCCGUCCCUAACCCCGGCUCCGGUGCCGAGCCUGUCCCGCAGCCCGCCAACCAGAGACUGUUGGUAACCUUGCAGCAACGCCCGGGUGGUUCUGUGUGGGUUCGCCGAGACGGCGAGACAAGAACCAGAAUGGGAUGGACGGUGGUCAACAUGGCCAACUACAUCGACCGGCACCACGACGACGAGCACCGCCAGCGGGCCGACUGGAUCGAGAUGGUCAACAGCUGGCCUCCCUUCCCUGAGGGCACCAUCGACCCCCAUGCUCCCGACUGCCGCAUGACGAUCUAG